UAUGAUAAUCAACAAUUUAUUAGUGCAGUUGACUAUUAUUGCAUUCUAUGCCAUUAAGUGUAAAACUGAAGGUGAAAUUCAUCUAUGGAAUAGCCUGUUAGAUAUGUAUGAAGACUUAAACGAAAAUGAUCUUCAAAUUCAACAAAGAACGCGCUUGAAAGACUGCAAAUAUAAAGUAUUUCAGUCGUAUCACUACGGAUUUCCUAAAGAUAUGACAUUUAAUGUACUAAUCAACAGCAUUCGCGAUUUAAUUAACGAUGGUUACUCCGGUUAUAAAAGUGGUCACUGGGGUAAAAUUGUUAUUACUAUCAAUUUUGCUGACUUUUUCAAUCAAAUUGCAACAAAAUGCUUUGAAAUUGAGCCAAACAAUCCUAAUUGCAUUUGGGAAAUGACUUCCGCCAAAAAAGCAUUAGAUAAUUACGAAUACAAUAAUAUAAGGGGCAAAUCUUCUAUGGCCCAAAAACUAUCGGGUGUACCUUAUUCCGAUGAAGAAUUAUCCGUUAUAAUAACUUUUCUGGAAUGCAUAGAAAGACGAUCGAAAUCUUCCUCUUUCAUUUAUCAUCAUGAAAUAAAUUGUCCUAACCCUUGUCUAAAAAAACCUUGCAUGAGUAUAGAUUACGCAAUUCAUGAUUCGUGUCAGAUUGCGUUCCCUGGAGCACAAGAAAAUCAAUUUAUCUGUUUAUGCCAACAAUAUUUUGAGUGGAGUAGUUCUUCAUUAAAAUGCAUAGAGGAGGCGGUUUGUGCUGAAGCAGAAGGUAUUUGUAAAAACGACGGAAUUUGCGUCAGAGACGCAGCGAAGAUUAGCACUGGUUUUGUAUGCAAAUGCACUGAAACUCAUUUUGGUAGAACAUGUGAGGCUCCAAGAAAUGCUUGCAUUGAGAGAUAUAAAAAAAAACUGAAACCUGGAAAUCAGCUAUGUGGAGGAUAUGACAUUGAGGAUGGAAAAAUGAUCGAAGUCUACCCAGGAAUGGGGAAAGACGGCAGAUUAGGUGAAUGCAAACCCAUUCUUGGUACUGAUAGUUUCGGAUGCUUAUGCUAUAAUGGAUUUCGUCACGAUGAAAAAGUAUCGAAAGAUCCUAAUUGCCGCCAGAAAUAUUCAGCUGUGUGCGAUAGUAGUGUUUGUCCGCCUGAAAUAGGAAGAAAAUGCCGAGAGGGAAAAUGUGUUUGUGCCAACAUUCUAGAAAUAAAUACGUUGGAGCUAUCCGACGAAAUAAGCUGUAGUGAUCUAGAGGCUGCAACAGAGUGGCUUCCAUGGGGGCCUUGUGAACCACAUUGUACAACUAGACCAGAACUAAAAAGAUAUAAAAAACGUCAGAGAAACGGCUGCGCCCUAAAAGAUGGAAAAUACUGCCAUAUAAUGCAACAAGCCUUAAUAUUAACUGAACAGAUUGAACGAUGCGACAAUAUUUUCCCUUGUAAGAUUGAUGGUACUUGGUCAACUUGGAAAGAUUGGACCAAAUGUAGUUUUAUAUGUGGAAAUCAGGCCACCAAGACAAGAGUUAGACUUUGCUAUUAUAAUACAAGCUUUGACUUUAGACAGAAUACCAACUUAAACAGGCGUAAAGUGUUUUUUUUUUAUUAUUAUUAUUGAAUUUCAUUUUCAAUACGAGACAGAAAUAAUUACUUUCUCAACUGUUAUCAGAUUGGAAUAGUUUGAUAAGAGGUAAACCUUGUCAAGGAGAUUCGACAGAGACCCAAUACUGUACAAACUUAAAGCAUUGUCCACCGGGAAUUAACCCACAGUUACUAAAAAACUCUCGUUUAAGACAGUUAUUCGAUGAUCCAUUUUUUAAUACCUCACUAAAUGGUAUGACUGUUUGGACAAGAUGGAGCAAAUGCAGUUUGAUCAUUAAUAAGGAUUGUGGUAUGGGUCAAAUGAUACGAUUUCGCAUUUGUCAAUAUGGACCGGGUUUGUGCCCCGGGAUUUCAAUGUUUAAUAUGGGUCAAUGCAAAAAACCGUGUCCAAAUAAUUAUAAACUUGGAACUUGGAGUUCUUGGACAAAUUGUAGAAAGGGAAGAUGCUUUAGAACUAGAUUCUGUAAAGGCUCAGAGGAAUUUUGUGGAAGAAAGAGGAGAGAAACACACGACUGCGUUAAGGACAAUGCAAAUGCAGCUGAAGCAUGCAAAGGCUUAUGCAGGUGUUAUGGACAGGGUUCGUGACAGUGUUUUGUCUUUUCCAACUAAUACUAUUCUUAACCAAUAUUAUAGUUUUAACUAAAGAAAUAGGCUUAAUUGCUCUCUUGUAUGGUAAGACAAUUCUAGAAAAGAAUCGCCAUCAAUUCAUUAAGGGUAGAACUGGAGGCGAUAUCAUGCUCACAAGGAGUAGGUACCUGCAGCGGGUUUUUUUUGUGUAUAUUUUCUUUUGACAUACAGGAUUUUUGAAGAGAUAUAAAAAGAUGCGAAAUCUUUUACGUUAGUAUCGAAUAGAUACUCACAAAUGAUAGAAAUAUAAUAAAUUGCAGGUAUAGAGAAAGGGUUAGCUUGGUACUGGUUUCUAUUAAUAGGUGGUCUGCCUUUGUUGUGCUGUCCAAUUAUAACAUUUCUUGCAUAUAAUUUUUGUAAUCGUUGUCGGAAAGGCCAAAGAUAUUCUUCUUUACAAGAAAUUGAACACUCGAAGGAUAGUCGUAAAUAUUCAAGGUCAUCGAAUCAGAUUGUUAAGCCAAAACCACCUAGAUAUUCUACCAUUAUAUUUAAGGAGGGAGAUGCUUCUUCAGACAAUUCUUCAACUCUUGUAAAAUUAUCCGACAAUAAAAAAGGUCAAAGGUUAAAAUGAAAC